AUGGCCACCACUAUCUCGCACGAUCUUGCCUGGGAGGUUACCAAGGGACGCAGCUCCACGCUCGUCAAGAGGGCGAACGGUGUCCAGUUCUCGCGCGAUCCUCUUAACCUGAGGAACGUCUACAGCCGCAAGAACGAGGGCUCCAUUGCCAACAAGGCUAUCGGUGUUAUCCCCGGCCCCGAGGGUGGUGUCACUCUUCUCAUCAAGAAGGCCGACAAGCACCACCAGCCCGCAUCUGCCAUCCAGACCACCACCUUCGGCCCCAGCAGGUCCACCCGCAAGACAUACUCCGCCAUCGUCAACUCCACCACCAAGCGCAACUACCGCCCCGACCUCCGCCAGGACGCCGUUGCUAAGGCCUCCGCCAUCCGCAAGAGCCAGAAGCCCGUCAAGGAGUCCAAGCCCACCAAGGCCAGGGGUGCCAAGGCCCAGGCCGCUGCCACCGAGGCAUAG